CCCAUCAAGGUGAAGUACGGGGAUGUGUACUGCAGGGCCCCUCCAGGAGGAUACUACAAAACAGCCCUGGGAACCAGGUGUGACAUUCGCUGCCGGAAGGGCUACGAACUGCAUGGCUCUUCCCAGCUGGUCUGCCAGUCAAACAAACGGUGGUCCGACAAGGUCAUCUGCAAACAAAAGCGAUGUCCUACCCUUGCCAUGCCGGCAAACGGAGGGUUCAAGUGUGUAGAUGGUGCCUACUUUAACUCCCGGUGUGAGUACUAUUGCUCACCAGGAUACACACUGAAAGGGGAGCGGACGGUCACGUGUAUGGACAACAAGGCCUGGAGUGGCCAACCAGCCUCCUGUGUUGAUAUGGAACCACCUAGAAUCAAGUGCCCAAGUGUGAAGGAACGCGUUGCUGAACCCAAUAAGCUGACAGUCCGGGUGUCCUGGGAGACCCCCGAGGGAAGAGACACAGCAGAUGGCAUUCUAACUGAUGUUAUUCUAAAAGGCCUCCCCCCAGGCUCAAAUUUUCCAGAAGGAGACCACAAGAUCCAGUACACAGUCUAUGACAGAGCUGAGAACAAGGGCGUUUGCAAAUUUCGAGUUAAAGUAAGAGUUAGACGCUGCGGCAAACUCAACGCUCCGGAGAACGGUUACAUGAAGUGCUCCAGCGACGGUGAUAAUUACGGAGCCACUUGUGAGUUCUCCUGCAUCGGUGGCUACGAGCUACAGGGUAGCCCUGCUCGAGUAUGUCAGUCCAACUUGGCUUGGUCUGGCACGGAGCCCACCUGUGCAGCCAUGAAUGUCAAUGUGGGCGUCAGAACAGCAGCUGCACUUCUGGAUCAGUUUUAUGAGAAAAGGAGGCUCCUCAUUGUGUCCACACCCACAGCCCGAAACCUCCUCUACAGGCUGCAGCUGGGAAUGCUUCAGCAAGCACAGUGUGGCCUGGAUCUUCGACACAUCACCGUGGUGGAGCUGGUAGGCGUGUUCCCCACCCUCAUCGGCAGGAUAGGAGCAAAGAUUAUGCCUCCAGCUCUAGCUCUGCAGCUCAGGUAGGGGGAAGUCCUGUCCUUCACUUCUAUCCU